AUGACUAGAGGUAGAGGCAAGAAGACGCGGCGGGCAGCCGUAAAGGCGCACCGGUACCGCCCGCGGCAAAAAAAGCCGCCUGCUCCUGCUCCAACUUUCCUGCGACUACCAAGAUGUGGUGCUACUAACAAAAGCUUUCUACCAGCUGUGAGCCCAAGCCGAGACCAUCUCAUGCGUUCUGCCAAGGCCGUGGUGUCUGAGAGAUUGGCUCGUUUGGGAAAUAUGACAUCCAGCAUGUCCACCAGUGCGCCGCGCUCGCACACCGUGACCUCGCUGAAGCGCUGGUCCGUCUUGAAUAAAGAGCUUCCGCCUGUUUCUCAAAUCCGAGCAAUCCAUGUUUACGACUUCGACAACACCCUUUUCCUGAGCCCACUUCCAAACCCCCAGUUAUGGAACGGAACAACGAUUGGUUUCCUCCAGGCAUACGAGAGCUUCACAAAUGGCGGGUGGUGGCACGACCCGACGAUCCUCGCAGCUACAGGGAAAGGAACUGAAAUCGAGGAGACUCGUGGAUGGCAAGGGUGCUGGAAUGAGCAGAUUCUUCGCCUGGUGAGACUCAGUAUGGAACAGAAAGAUGCCCUCACGGUACUCUUGACCGGCCGAGGCGAGGCGAAAUUCGCCGAGCCUAUCAAGCGGAUGGUUGCAAGCCAGCAGCUUGACUUCGACCUCUUCGGGCUGAAGCCCGAAGUUGGUCCUAACGGCCAGCGGUUCAGCUCUACUAUGAAAUUCAAGCAGAAUUUCCUUCAGGAUUUGAUUUUCACUUACAAACAGGCUAAAGAAGUUCGCGUGUACGAGGAUCGUGUUAAGCAUGUGGCAGCCUUCCGGGAUUUCUUCGAGGAAAUGAACAGAGAGCUGCAGAACGGGCAGGCGGCGCCUCGAAUGCCCAUUAAUUCGGAAGUCAUUCAAGUGUCAGAAGAGUGCGCAUACCUCGACCCGACUACCGAAAUUGCAGAAGUGCAGCGAAUGAUAAAUUCGCAUAAUCUCGCACUCCGCAAUCAGUCCGUAACCAAAGGCCGGCUGCGUAUCAAGCGAACAGUGUUCUACACUGGCUAUUUGCUUUCAUCAGAAGAUUCUCACCGAAUGUCUCAGGACCUGCUUGGGCCGCUUCUCCCUCCGGGUCUCGGUGAAUCAAACAAUCUCAAGUUCAUGGCUAACAGCAUCCUGAUCGCACCCCGCCCCGCUCCCAAGUCUAUAUUGGAGAAGAUUGGAGGCAUGGGGAAGAAACUAAGCUGGCAGGUGACUGGAACAGCAUGCUUCGAAAACCGCAUCUGGGCUGCCCGCGUGGCACCCAUCCCGGCCACGGAGCCUUUUUACACUGAAAACCCCACGCCUCUCAUCGUUCUGGCCGUCCGCAAAGGAUCACGCCCCGCGGAUGCAGGCAAAAUCCAGAACUGGCACCCGGUUCCCGCCGACAUGGCUAUUACGUUUGAUUCUGUCAUUGACGAGAAAGUGGUUCUCCGCGUCGAGCCAGAACACCCGAACGAGGGCGAAUGGGAGAGCCAGUUUAUGAAGAAGGGCCACAAGAGACGUUUCCAAGACCGGAACGAGGAAAUCCUGUACCCCCAGUCGGGUCAGACUAAUGGCUAUGAGGGAUAUGUGCAAGGUCAGUCGCACGGCUACAACCCAUACCAGAACAACCGCCAUAACUUCGAAGACGGUCCCCGUCGGGGCUCUCACCGCAGUCGUGGGCGUGGAAAUGGGCGUGGGCGAGGCGCGCGUGGAGGCCGUGGCCGGGGUCGUGGCGGUCGUGAGGGCGGGUCAAACCCCUACUACAAGUCCCUGGAUGACCAUGUCGGUGGUAAUGAGCCAUCAAACGACUUCAAAGGUGGCAAUGCAGGUGGUGGGUUCACGAUGGACUACUGA